UGGAUUGAGAUCGUUUAACUUUCCUUCACUAGACGUUUGGAUGUCAAAAUGUAAACAAUCAGAUACAAAUGUUCAGAAUUCAAAGGUUGAGUAGAUUAAAUACGCGCAUUUCUUGUAUUUUCAUUCAUAAUGGCAAAUAGCUUUACAACAUCUUCGUCUCAAGCAUCAUGCAAGCGCUUGCUGAACGUUGAGGGUGUAGAAGGUAGAUUCAAUGAUGUGGUUUUAUGUGGGGUGGAGAAGUUGUUUACAAGUAAACAACACAUUAUAUUCUUUGGUGGAGAUGUGCAGGAUUACAAAGAGAAUAUGGAAAGUCAUUAUACCAACAAACAUUAUGCAGAAUGGGAUUUAGAGAGUACAGGACAACUUUUACGAUCACAGUUUCCUGAUUCGACUGUGUUUGUAAUUAAGCCAUCGGAAAUGUUACUCAAAACUUUCAGCAUGUACAAAAAUUUCCUGGGCUUUGACGAGGAUGGCAAACCUGAAUUCACAAGUGACUUUGGUGCUUUGUUACAUCUUGCACAGUUGUAUUCCUUGGUUUUAGAGAACGAGGGAAAGUCGGAUGUAAACGGAGUGUGCUCUGCCAAUUCCAAUGUAUGUUCAUAUGAUGCUGAAGUGAAAAUUCUGGGCUUUAGCAAAGGAUGUGUUGUUCUGAAUCAAUUAAUGUAUGAGCUAGAUCACUUUAAAGACAAUAAGGACGUUACAACUUUUCUUGAUAAAGUUACUGCCAUUUAUUGGCUUGAUGGGGGUCAUAAUGGUGGAACCAAGGCUUAUAUCACAGAUGAUAAAGUAUUAGCAAAUAUUAAAAAUAUAGACAAGAAACUGUAUAUUCUUGUAACACCAUACCAAAUUAAAUGUAUUAACAGAAGAUGGAUUGGAAGAGAAGAGGCAGACUUUAUUAAAAAGUUGAAAGCACUGGGUGCAAAUGUUCGAGAAUUUAGAUUUUUUAUGGAUACUCCUGGAAGCAUUGAGAAUCAUUUUAACAUUCUAACAAAAGUAAAAAAAGUUACAGAUAUGUUUUAACAUUUAUAACUGAUUUAUGGUGAUUAUAGUUGACCAUAUAGGCCUAUAAUAAUCAUUAUUUACUAAACUUUUCGUUCUAAUUUAGCAAUAUAUAUGUAUACCAUGUUACAUUUGAAAUGGCAGAUUCAGACCUUCAUAUAACCUGAAAUACUGCCAUAUACAUGUACUGCAAAAACUGCUUAUAUAAUAAAGGCAUCCACUUAAAAAAAAGAUGAAUCACUUUACAUCCACAUAGAGCAGUUGGAAAAAUCACUAAUAGAAUAAUACUUUUGUAAUAAUGCCACUGUUUCAGAAACAAGUGAAAAAUAGCUCAAUAUUUAUAAGUUGAACAUUAUAAAAUUACUGAAACAAGAGAAAAAUACAUGUAUCCAAUAAUAUAAGGUUAACAUAGGUAUAACAUUGAACAACAGUGUUAUGCUCGUUGAAAAUAUUUUUGUAUUUUAAAGAACACCUCUAUAUCUUUAUUUUGACUGUAUAGCUUUUGUCAUGAUUUAGUAAACACUUCCAUGAGAACUUUGUAUAAUGGAUUGCUUUGACUUUUGAACUGUCUAUUGUUCGAUUGAAGGAUUUUUAUGUUCUCAUUGCACAAAUAAAUUGCAAGUAGUAAAUAAAACCUUUACCCUGCAGCAUUUUAUAGUCAGACCAGCUUGCAUGUCCUUGCAGUUUGACCACUGGCUCACACUGUUGGGUGACAUCAUCUUUUUAUAUUGAUCAUGAAAUCCAUUAAAUUGAUAAAGGACUGUGAGUCUCUCAAGAUUGAAACUGGUAAUCAGGAUGGCACUUUGAUUUUUUCACAUAACAGAACUGGAUUUAUUUUUUCGAGUUUUUUUAACCAAUUUAUGUACAUGUAUAGUAGGUCUAUACCAAUGGCUUGUGUGCAGAUUUCGUGUCAUUUGUUUAUUCAGUUUUCCAGAAGAAUAAUUUUUGUUGCAAUAAAAUAAUAAAAUUAAAGAAAAUGGAAAGCUUUUAAGCUCAAAUUUGGCUUAGAAUCAUGUUUAAUACCAAUUCUCUCUUAAUAUUUAUUAUCUUUUUCAUAUUUUUUGUUUAUGUACACUAGUUGAUAUAAUUACAUAUGAUUUUCAAAUUUUAUAUUUUUAUUGCUUUGGAUUAAAGCUGCAUGCUUUCAGAUAAACCAAAAUAAUUCAAGAAAAUUUAACUUGAGAAAAAUGUACUCAGAUUGUCAGAAAAGUAAAAAUAUUCAAUAGUCAAGUAAAAGUUUACAUUUUGUGGAUGAUUAAUGGCUGUAAUUUA